ACGAACAGGAAGGAAAUCAGAAAAUCAUAAUAUCCCUUACGCGUGUUCCAAACCAUGGCUCACGCAUGUUGGUCAACACCUGUUAAUGUCUUCUUCCUUAUAAACAUUUGCCCUCUCAAUCUCAUUACCCACUGAAAUUGCAAGUUGAUACAUACAGACUCUCAUUCUGCCAUGGCCAAGCUCUUUUUGAUUACUAUUAUCACACCGUUUCUUCUCCGCUUCUGCUGCGGAUGUAUUGAGAGGGAAGCCCAUGCGCUCCUCCUCUUCAAAGCCGGUCUAAAUGACUCUGCAGAUGUACUCAGUUCGUGGGGGGAGAAAGGAAGAGAUUGCUGCUUCUGGUACGGCAUUUCCUGUGAUAACACCACUCAUCAUGUAGUUGGUGUUGAUAUUACAGGAUUUUCUCUCUCAGCUGAAAUGGAGGGCGGUGUCAUAUCUGAGAGCUUGUGUACCCUCUCUUUUGUUGCAACCAUACGCCUAUCUGGAAUGGGAUUAACAGGUGCGAUUCCUCCCUGCUUCAGAAAACUCUCUUCUCUUGCACUACUAGAUUUAUCUUACAACAGUUUGAGUGGGAACAUUCCUCCUCUAUCUAAUCUCUCUUCUCUUAUAAGCCUAGAUCUUUCUUUUAAUCAACUCACAGGAAGCAUUCCCUCCUCUCUUUCUGAGCUCUCUUCUCUAACCAUCCUAUAUCUUUGUAGGAAUCAACUCACAGGAAGCAUUCCCUUGGUUCUCUCCGAUCUCUCUUCUCUAACUAGUUUAUAUCUCUAUGAAAAUCAACUCACAGGAAUCAUUCCCUCUUCGCUUUCUAAUCUCUCUUCCCUAACUAGCAUAGAUCUUUCUAAUAAUCAACUUGGAGGAAACAUUCCCUCCACUCUCUCUAAUCUAUCUUUUCUAACUAGUCUAUAUCUUUCAAUGAAUCAACUCACAGGAAGCAUUCCCUCCUCUCUUUCUAAUCUCUCAUUACUAACCAACCUAGAUCUUUCUGUCAAUCAACUCACAGGAAGUAUUCCGUCCUCUUUCUCUAAGCUCUCUUCUCUAACAAGCCUAUAUGUCUAUGAGAAUCACCUCUCAGGAACGAUACCCUCCUCUCUCUCUAAUCUUUCUUCCCUCAUUAGCCUAUACCUUAAUGAAAAUCACUUGAGUGGCUGUAUUCCAGAUUCCUUGGGCAAUCUCUCUUCACUGCAAUUGAUGUAUUUAUCCAACAACCAACUGAAUGGAAGUUUUCCCUCCUCAUUUUCAAGGCUUUCCUCCCUUACCGUUGUCCAUGCUGAUGGGAAUCUAUUCAACCAGAGUAUUGCUUCCUCAGUACUACCCACCACACUUAAAUUUCUUUCUCUAUCACUAAACGGCCAUCAUGUUGUUUUAGAGGCUUUCUUACAAAACCUUAGCAAAUUACAGAUAUUGUCCUUAUCCAAUUGUGUAAUUAACAGCAGCACCGCAUGGAAUCCCUUAUUCCCGACAUUUAGCAAAUUAGAGAGAUUGUAUUUAUCGAAUUGUGUUCUCAACAUGAGCACCACAUGGAUUCCCCCAUUUCAGUUAACAUUUUUAUACCUGACAUCAUGUAAGGUGGAUGGUCAAAUCCCUUCAUGGAUUUCGACUCAAUUUUCACUUAAAGCGUUGCAAAUAGCUGACAGCAAUCUUGUUGGAGAGAUUCCCUUUUGGCUAUUGGAUAUGCCGAGCCUACACUACAUCAAUCUCACAGCAAAUCAUCUGCAAGGUCAUCUGUUGCUAAAUACUUCAGCUUGGAAGGCAAUACAAGUCUUGGAUGUCUCUAACAAUGCAUUGUCUGGACAUAUGCCACCAAUUUGGCCACCUCAUUUACAAGUAUUGUUUCUCAAUGACAAUUUGCUGACAGGAAAUAUUCCUCCAAGCAUGCGGGUUAGCUCUUCAUUGCAAAUGUUGAAUUUGGCAAAUAACCAUUUGAACGGAAUCAUCCCUCCAGGCUUAGCCAAUUGUUCCAAGCUUCAUAUUUUGAAUUUGGGGAAUAAUAAUUUGAGGGGUGUGAUACCAUCUGAGUUUGGUCAGCUAAGUCAAUUGCAAUCACUAGUUAUAAAGAAUAACCUGCUGAAUGGAGCACUGCCACCCUUAAUAUCAAACUGCACAGAAUUACUUUUUCUAGAUAUUGGGCAAAACCUUUUGAAAGGCCAUAUUCCGAAGUCAAUAGGAAACCUGUCAAAGUUACAAGUCUUAGCAAUGAGGAAAAAUAAUUUUGAAGGUAGGAUUCCUUUAGAAAUUGGGCAGCUGAAGUACCUCCAAAUCCUGGACCUUUCAUCAAAUCAUCUAUCAGGGUUUAUACCAGAGAGUAUUUUUAAUUUGCAGGCAAUGUUAAUAGAGCCACAACAGGGAUUUAUCAUAGUUCAAAUGUAUUCAGAUCUCAGUUAUACCACAGAGUUCAUGUAUGAGGAUGAACUGAAUAUGAACUCUAAAGGCAGAGAUGAGCAUUAUCCAUAUAUUUUUUCUACAAUGGCAUCCAUUGACCUCUCCAACAAUCAAUUGAAUGGUAAUCUUCCUACUGAUUUAGGGAAGUUGAAAGGCCUAAUGUUGCUCAACCUAUCCAUGAAUAAUCUCAAUGGUACAAUUCCAGAUAGUAUUGUACAAAUGAGUUGGCUCGAAUCGUUAGACCUUUCUGCAAAUCAUUUUUCUGGACAAAUUCCAUGGGAGAUUGGAUCUUUGAGCUACUUGGGAGUCCUGAAGUUAUCCAACAACAACCUUUCUGGUAGUAUACCACAAGGAGGACACAUGGCAACAUUUUCAAAAUCUUCAUAUGAAAGAAAUCCAAAUUUAUGGGGAUGUCCACUCCCAAAGAAUUGCUCUUGGCCAGAAUUUGCUCCUGCUCCUCCUUCCAUUUAUGCAUCUCCCAAUGAAGAAGAACAUGAUGAGGAAAGUUUGUGGUACUGGAUUGGAGUGGGAUUGUCAUAUGGCGUUGGUUUCGGAGCUGUGGUGCUGUCUAUUGUACUAAGAAAGAGAUGGGGACAAAAAUACUUUGAUGGGGUUGAUAUGGUCUUGAAAUAUUUAUUCCCAUGGCUCCAUAAUAUGACAAUAUGAAAGGUUGUUUGUUAAGAUCUUGGAGUAAAUGAAAGGUUUUUAGUUGCUUGUUAAUAAUUUUGAGAUGGAUUGAAUAAAUUGAUUAUAGAGAUAAUGCUGGUUCUGGAUUGUGGAAAAUGAAAGGUUUUUAGUGCCCCGUAAAUAAUUUUGAGAUGGAUUGAACAAAUUGAUUAUAGAGAGAAUGUUGUUUCUAGAUUGUGGAAUCAUUGAUCAAAUUGAUUAUGC